AUGGCCAGCGUGCAAGAGCCACUGAUCCCGGAAAGCCAUGUGCUGCCAACAGAUGCACCAGUUGAACCAAUUUCUUUCUCAGAUGAGAAAUCCACUGCCAGCGCGACCAAGGCAGAUCUGAGCGAAUCGACUGCCUCGCUCGACUCCACAGCACCACAAUCCAAAGAUGCAACCCAACCCGAGGUCCCCUUGACCGCCGCGGAAAGGAAGAAGGCCAAGAAGGCAAAGAAGAAGCAGCAAAAGAGACAGGAGAGUAUUAGCUCCCUGGCUGCUUCGACGCGAGAAAAUUCUGCCGAGCCCGUGGAGGAAUCACCAGUCGAAGCUCCCAAGGCAGCUGCGCCCGCUGCCGAGCCAGUGGUGGAGGAAAAGCCUGUCGCUUCCACCAAUGUAGAACCCGAGGUUGCUGAGCCUAUCACGGACGAGCUAAAGACUGCCGAGGCCGUUCCUGAAGUCGCCGCCGAGCCGAUCGCCGAAGAGCCUCCCGCGGCAGAAAUCAAGACUGUCGAGGAGGAGCCUACCACCGAAGAGAAGCCUACCAUCGAGGAAACGGCUACCGAGGCCACUUCCGCUGAGGCUGCCGUUGAGCAGCCUGCCGAAGCUGUCGUGGAAGAAUCCAAGGCGGUGGAGGAUAUCACUGAACCUACCAAGGAAGAGUCAGAGACUGUCGAGGCCGUUCCUGAAGCUGCCAAGGAAGAGACUGCCACUGAAACUGCCGUGGAAGAAUCAAAACCCGUCGACACUACUCCUGAAACCAUCGCAGAGCCUGUCGUCGAAGAGACUCCCGCCAUGGAGGAAUCGAAGACUGUGGAAGCUGUUCCUGAAAUCGCCCAGGCGCCCGCUGUCGAAGAAUCCAAGGCUGAGGAAGUUUCCGAGCCUACCACUGAAGCUGCCACGGAAGAAAAGACUACCGAGGCUGUCGCAGAGCCUAUCGUCGAAGAGACUCCAGCUGUUUCAGAAUCCAAGGCCGAGGAGGCUAUUCCUGAAAUCGCCCAGGAGACUCCCGUCGAAGAACCCAAGGUUGAGGUUGCCGAUCUAAUCGAGACGCCUGCCACUGAAGAAAAGGCCGUCGAAGAAACUCCCGCCGUGGAGGAAUCCAAGACCGAGGAGGUUGUUCCUGAAAUUGCACAGGAGUCGCCCGCCGUUGAGGAAUCGAAGCCUUCCGCAGAAACAGCCGAAAACGCCACAGAAGAAAAGGCCAUCGAGGCCGUCCCCGAGACUGUCACCGAAAAGACCCCUAGCGCUGAAGAAUCCCAGGCUGAGGUUGCUGAGCCCAUCACCGAGGAGAAGCCUGCCGUGGAAGAAAAGGCUGUCGAGGACGCUCCUGUUGCUGUCGCAGAGCUUGUCGAAGAAACUCCCGCCGUGGAAGAAUCCAAGACCGAAGAGGUUGCUACACCUGCUGAAGAAAAGGCUGUCGAGACCGCCUCCGAAACCCCCGCUGUGGAAGAAUCCAAGGCCGAGGAGCCUAUUCCUGAAAUCGUCCAGGAGUCGCCCGCAGUUGAAGAAUCGAAGCCUGUCAUAGAAACCACCGCAGAGGAAAAGACUGGCGAAGUCGUCCCCGAGACUGUCGCCGAGGAGACCCCCACCGCUGAAGCUGUCUUGGAAGAAUCAAAGCCCGUUGAGACCAUUUCUGAGACUGUCGCCGAGCCUGCUGUGGAAGAAUCUAAGGCUGAGGAGGUUGCUACACCUGCUAGCGAAGAAAAAGCUGUCGAGACCGCCUCCGAAACCCCCGCUGUGGAAGAAUCUAAGGCCGUCGAGGUUGCUGAACCUACCACUGAGGAGAAGCCCAUUCCUGAGGAAACGGCUGUCGAGGCUACCCCUGAAACUGUUGCAGAAACUGUCAUCGAAGAAACUCCCGCCGUGGAAGAAUCCAAGCCCGUCGAGGCUGCCCCUGAAAUCGCCCAGGAGACACCCGCAGUUGAGGAAUCCAAGGUCGAGGAGGUUGCUGAGCCUAUUACCAAGGAAGAGCCUACUACUGAAGAAAAGACCACCGAGGCUGCUCCUGAAACUGUCGCAGAGGCUAUCACCGAAGAAAAGCCCACCGCUGAAUCCGCCACAGAAGAGUCGAAGCCCGCCGAGUCUGUUGCCGAAACCGUUGCUGAACCGGUUGUCGAGGAGACUCCCGCCGCUGAAGCUGCCGUGGAAGAAUCCAAGCCCGUCGAGGCUAUUCCUGAGACUAUCGCAGAGCCUAUCGUCGAAGAAACUCCCGCCGUGGACGAAUCCAAAACUGUCGAGGCUACCCCCGAGACCGUUCAAGAGACCCCCGUAGUCGAAGAAUCCAAGGUUGAGGAGGUUGCUGAGCCUCUCGCCGCGGAAAAGGCCGUCGAUGCUGCUCCCGAAGCUGUCGAAGAAACCCCCGCGGUGGAAGAAUCCACCAUUGUCGUCCCUGAAACCGUCCAGGAUACCCCCGCCACCGAAGCAGCCGUGGAAGAGUCCAAGCCUGCCGAGGAGCCAGUAACCGAGAAGGCUGUCCAGGAACCGACUGUGGAGGUGGAGGCCGAGAACAGUGCUGACACCACCGUUGCUGUUCCAGAAAUUGCUUCAGAGGCAACUGCUGUGGAGCCGACUGUCGAGGUUUCCGAGCCUACCAAGGAGGUGGCUGAAGAGACUCCCGUUGAGCAACCUGUCACUGAGGAAUCGACUGCUGAGCCAAUCAAGGAGACCGAGAUUGCUGAGCCCAUUCCCGAGCAGACUGUCGAUGCUGUCAAGGAAUCUGCUGUCGAGGAGCCCACUGAGGUUGCUGCCGUGGAGACAACCACCACUGAGCCCACCACCGAAGCAAUUGAAGAGCCUGCCACCGUUGUCGCCGAGGAGGCCACUGCUGAGAAGGCUCAGGAGCCUAUUGAGGUCGAGUCUGUCAAGGAGACCACCGAACAGGCCGCAGCAGAGGAACCAGUUGUGGCGGAGCCUGUUGUUGAAACCACUAAGGAAUUGACUCCUGAGGAGUCUCCCGUUGUUGAGACCGCCAUUGCUGAGGCUGCUGCUGCCGCUACUCUCACUGAGGAGUCUGUCGCUGCUUCCGAGACCACUGAAACCGCCGCCAUUCCCGCAGCUGCUGCCGCUGCUCAUGUCACUGAGGAAUCUACUGCUACUAUUCCUCAGGCUGCCGCCGCCAUUGUUGAGGAAAACGCCACUCCUAUUGAGUCUGUGCAAGAACCAGUGGAGGAGACUGUCCCCGCUGAAACUGCCAAGGAAGUCGCCGUUGAGCAGCCGGAAGCUACCAAGCCUGAGGAAGUAACCGAGCAGACAACCGAAGAGCUCGUUGCUGACAAGGCCAUCGAAGAGCCCGUUGCUGAGACCUCUGCCCCAGAGCCGGUGGUGGAAGAGACUCCCGUUGAGUCCGCCAAGGAACUUAUCGUCGAGGAGCCCAUCAAGUCUUCCACCGAGGCUCCUACCGUCGCUGAUGUUACUGCAGACGAGGCCGAGAAGGUCGAGAAGAAGCAACCCGAGAUUGAAGGUGUUGCUGAGCCAGUCGUCUCUGAGCAGACCGAGACUGCUGCCGCUGCCACUGUUGAAGAGCCUGUUUCUCAAAACGCUGAGCCUGCUGUCGCCGAAGAGAAGCCCGUGGAUGAGCCAGUCACUGUUUCAGAGGCUGUUGAAGUUGCUGCCGCUGCUGCGGCCGUGGCCGUGGCCGAGGCUGUCAUUGCCGAGCCCGCUGUUGCUGAAACUCCCGUUGUCGAAGAAAAGACCAUCGAUGAGCCAAUUGCUGUUCUCGAAACCGCAGCUGAGUCUACUGCUGAGUCUGUCCCCGAACAGACUCCCGAGGUGGCACCCGUUGUUGAAGAAUCUGCUACUGAGGCACCAGCUACUGAUAAGGCCGAGGAUGUGACUGAGCCCGUCAUUGUUGAGCCCACUAUCCAGGCUAUUGAAGUUGCUGAAGUACCAGUCGUGGAGGAGCAGGUUACCGAAGAGCCUGUGAAGGUUGAAGAGCCCGUUGAAGCUGCUGCUCCCGCGGAGCAAACUCCCGAGGCAGCUCCAGUGGAGGAAUCUACUAAGGAGCUCGAGCCCGAGACAACUGUGCUGGAGGAAGUUGUCAUCGAGCAGCCCGCCGUCGUUGCUGAAGAGGCUGCAGCCGAAGCGCCAGUUGUUGCUGAGGUUGUCGAAGAGCCCGUACAAGAGGAUGCCAACGCUGAGGUCCUAGAACAGUCUACUUUUGUCGUGGAGACCAUUUCUGCAAAUGAGGUCGAUGUUGUGGCUAUUUCUGAGUCGAUUUCCUAUGCAGACGAGCCCGAGAUUGUCGCUGAGACAUCUGAUGUGAAGGAGUCGAUUCAGCCCUCCACCUCUGAUAUCGAAACAUCGGCACCAACUGAGCCCGAAGCCAAGCAAGAAGAGACCGCUAGGUCCGCCUCUGACGAAGCCACCGAGGAUACUGGCAUCAGCACCGAGAUUCUUGGUGCUGGUGCUGCUGUCGCUGCCGCCAUUGCUGGCGCCAGCGUGGCCGCUGUUGCUCACCACGAAUCCGAGACUGCAGCAGAGACCAAUGCAGACAAGGAAUCCGUUCCGAAGGCUGAGACCCAGCCCCAGGUUCCCGCAGCAGAUGCACAGUCCACAGACGCUCUUGCUGGCGACCGCGAAGCCCUUCUUAGCAAGCUCAACCAACCCUCUACAGACCAACUGCCCACGGCUACCCAGCAACCAUCGGUCGCGACAGUCGAAAGUGCCACCGAGUCCCAGCCUGCCGCCGAGGCCAGCAAAGGAAUUACCGAACCCGCUGCAAAUGCAUCCGACGCUCAGCCUGAUGCCGACAAUGCGCUUACACCAAAGAAUAAUGAUGAGGAUGCUCGCUCGUCGAGUCAGAACCGGUCAGUGACUGCUGUUUCUCUAAAUGGUGCACCUGACAGCUGGCUCAAAGCAAUCCUGCGCACUGUCUUUGUGAAUUUCUUUGGGGCCAUCUUUUCACCUUUCCGUCGCCACAAGGCCUCCAAUUAG